AUGCCUAACGAUAGCAACGGGAGCAAGGAGCAGGGCGUGGGACAAGGCAGCAACAGCCUGACGCCGCAGCUGUUCAAGCGGACUGAAGUGAUCGGUCGCGGUAAAUUUGGUGUCGUGUACAAAGCAUACCAUGCGAAGACGAAACAGGUGUAUGCAGUGAAGGUGUUGAACUUGGACUGCCCGGAGGACGAGGUGGAGGACGUGCAGAAGGAAAUCCAGUUCCUUGCGUCGCUGAAACAGGUGCCGAACAUCACGCGGUACUAUGGUUCAUACCUGUAUGACACGAAGCUUUGGGUGAUCAUGGAGUACUGUGCAGGCGGGUCACUGCGGACUCUGCUACGCCCGGGAAAGAUUGACGAGAAGUAUCUGGGAGUGAUUGUGCGAAAGCUGCUGAUUGCACUCGUGUACAUCCACAAGGACAAUGUCAUCCAUCGGGAUAUCAAGGCGGCUAACGUUCUAAUCACGAACGAGGGCCACGUGAAGCUGUGCGACUUUGGGGUUGCGGCGCAGCUGACCGCAGCGAACCAUAAGCGGCAGACGAUGGCUGGCACGCCGUACUGGAUGGCGCCAGAGGUUAUCAUGGAAGGUGUGUACUACAACACCAAGGCGGAUAUCUGGUCGCUGGGUAUCACGGCCUAUGAGAUUGCCACGGGUAACCCUCCCUACUGCGAUGUGGAGGCGCUGCGCGCGAUGCAGCUCAUAACAAAGUCGAAGCCGCCCCGACUUGAGGGCAGGAACUACUCGCCGUUGCUCAAGGAGUUCAUCGCGCUUUGUCUUGACGAGGACCCGGAGGAGCGGCCCACUGCAGAGGACCUGCUCUCCUCCAAGUUUGUGAAAGCGCAUAAGGGCAGCUCCGCCACGAUUCUCAAAGAGUUGAUCUCCAGGUAUUUGCUAUUCUCCGAGAAACACAACAGGGAAAGCGUGCUAAUUCCGCUAGACGAGGAUGACCCGCAUAAGUCCGCGAAUAAUACCACCAACGGCGGCGACAACCAAGUUGAGAUGAAGUGGGACUUUGAUUCACUGAACUCGAACGAGUACAUUAUGCAGAAUGAAAUCAGCAUAGACGCGAUACCACAGGAGAGCGACUGGGGCAGAACCCAACACGAAGUUAAUUAUGCAUACCCAUACGAAGACACAUACUUCCAUUCCAACGUGCGACACUAUUUCCAGGGGACUACGGUGAGCAAGAGCUUUGCAGACCCUGCGGGCAACUCUUCGACCAUCCAAGCGAUGAACCAACUUGCUACGGGAACCCCCACUACGAGCAACUGCCAGAAUAAGAGCACGUUUACUAUCUCUCAGAGCAUGAAGACAGAGAGCAAGGCCUCUAAGCAGCUACUGCAGCUGUUCGAGGACAGCGAAAUGAUCAACGAGGAAAAGGAGAGCGGAUUGCCGCACCUUGCAAGCUCGCUUUCGUCAAUGCAUCUGAGCGAGAGCGACACCGCAGCCUCGACACCCCUUGGUGCGCCUCCAAUGGGUGCUGCUAUCCCCAGGCACGACAUCCUGGCCAACGGGCCAGGCUACCAUAGCCAGAGCACGCCAAUCCUCCCAAUGCUCCAGACAAACUUCAAGGCCCUCUCUAUUCCCAAGAGCUCUACUGCUUUACAUACCCCGGUCGAGAUCGAAAUUCCUGAGGAGCUCCCGCUAAGCACGACGACCGCAACCGCAGCACCCAUCGGGGCCACGGCAGGUGUUGACCCGAUGACGCUCAAGAACAAGCCGCGGUCUGCAACCGUCUCGUCGUCCGCGUCAUCGGGGCUACAAAGAAGGCCCACACUCGGAGGCAACCCGGCGGUCGCCGCCAGAUCGGAAGCCAGCGGCCUGAACAAGAGUCUCGGCGCAGAGCUCACGCGCACCGUGACGCUGAACGCCCACAUCCCCCCCAAUGGCCCUAGUCAGGGAACCGCAGGAGCAGGUCUCUCCUCGUCCAGAAGCAAUGACAGGUCCCCCUCCCCCUCCCGCAGCGGUGUCGCCUCGAACUUAACCCCCGACCGCAGCACGUCCAGCACGGCGUCCAGCGAGCCGCCAGGCGCUGCGGCCCAGGGCAUGCUCCCGCUCUCCUCCGCCAAGACCGUGCAUAGUGCCCACAGCUCCGCGGAGGGAAUGCUGCAGCAGUCCUUGGCAAGCACUUCGCUCGUCCCGCCCAUGGCGCCCGGUGCCGCUGGACCCCUCGGCACCGCCGCCCCGGGCGACAAGGACGUGCAUCUCUCCGACCGCGUCAGCCGCGAGUUCAAGCGCAACCACCCGAAUCUCAAGCUCCAGAUGCCCUCGCCCACUACGCUCAUCCCCAACAAGCUCCUCAACGCCGGCGCCGCAGACGAGCACGCGGACUCGAACAGCGGCGGCUCCGCCAGCUCCGCCAACAUCAACCAGUUCGGCAUCAACACCAGCAGCACCGGCCUGCCUGUCGCCAUGACCCCUCUCAACGAGAAGAGUAGCGCGGACUUCGGCGCCAAGCUCAAGCGCAGCACCAGUACCUCCAGCCGCGCCCCGCCGCCCCAGCCCGCAGACCCCUCUGCCAGCCUCGGCGCCGCCGCGCCCGCACAGCCCGCACAGCCCGCCGUCGCCCCAGCCCCACCGCCGGCCGCCGCCUCCAACACCAUCAUCGUCACCGUCCAGGCUCCGCUCUAUAUGGACCUGCCUCCCCGCAUGCUCCCCAUGGACAUGUUCGUCGAUGUCGACGACCUGGACGACGCGCAUCUCGUCGACAAAAAGCCAUUGGUGUUGCGCGAACUCGACGCCCUGCUCAAGAUGUUCGAAGACGGCCUCCCGGUCAUAGAAAACGCCCUGAAGGCUGUCCUGCCCACCCACAUCCCGAACGCAAACGACGACGAGCAGCGCUAG